AUGCAUUUCUCCCUCGCUCUCUGCUUUGGGCUUCUACAGUCUGCUGCGGGCUUCCCUCACCUCUCUCCGUACGGGGACAGGGUUCUGGCCGAUAACCACCAGCCAGGAAGACCUCAUGGCAUUACAAACAGCACACUGAAGCCGAACCACUUCACCUGGAGUCCCCCUGGGGAGCAGGAUGUUCGUGCUCCAUGUCCCAUGCUCAACACACUGGCAAAUCAUGGAUUUCUCCCCCACAACGGUCGCAAUAUCACCCGCGACAUGAUUGUCAGGGCUUUCAAAGACGGUCUGAACAUUUCUCCAGACUUAGCUUCAGGGACUUUUGAUACAGCCAUUACGGCCAAUCCAACACCCAAUGCGACUUGGUUCGACCUCGAAAUGCUACACACCCAUAAUCUCAUCGAACACGAUGGAAGCCUGUCCCGCCGCGACGCGUACUUUGAUCCUUCCAAUCGUUUCGAUGAAGAGACGUUCGACAAUUUCCUCAGUUACUUCGGGAACGCGUCAAUCCUAGGCGUCAACGAGACCGCCGAUGCGCGAGCGCGGCACGCAUACGACAUGAGCAAGAUCAACCCGAACUUCACCCUUACUGAAGAAGCUUUCCCAGUUGCUGUGGGCGAGAACUUGAUGAUGAUGUUUGUAUGGGGAAGCGUGGAGCAGCCCGGCGCAAACAGAACGUUUUUCGAAUACUUCUUCCGAAACGAGCGCUUUCCGGUUACGCUGGGUUGGGCGCCAGGAGCGACGGAAAUCGGGGCUACCACGAGUGCAGUAUUCGAGCAGAUGCUCAGUGCAAGCCCUGAUGACAUCCCCUUGACUUUCCCAGUUGCAAAUUAA